UUUAGUGGGCAUCCAUGAUCUAACCCAUCGUCUCGUCUCAUCGCCAAAGAGGACUUUGAAGCAUCAAUCUAACUGCUCAGAGAGGCAGACCAGCAGUUACCGACGCUAUCUGCUAGACUAGAUUUCUAUCCUGCGCCUGACGAGGUACUAUCGCCAGCGGCAACGAGAAUAUGGGUGGUGGUGGGAGCGGGUAUCCGGUCACCUCGUCGCCGGCGGACGAAGGAGCGGAGCCGCAAUAUGUGUCUGCAAAGACGUCGGUGUGGUGGGAUAUAGAGAACUGUCAGGUCCCCAAGGGAUGCGACCCUCAUGCGAUUGCGCAGAAUAUAAGCUCCGCCUUGGCGAAGAUGAACUACUGUGGCCCCGUCUCUAUUUUCACCUAUGGAGACACGAACCGAAUCCCGGAAUCCGUCCAGCGUGCGCUUUCCAGUACUGGCAUAGCGCUUAAUCAUGUCCCUGCUGGUGUUAAAGAUGCCAGUGAUAAGAAGAUUCUUGUAGAUAUGCUUUUCUGGGCGGUGGACAAUCCUGCCCCUGCAAAUUUUUUGCUGAUAUCUGGUGACCGUGACUUCUCCAAUGCUCUCCAUCAGUUGCGUAUGAGGAGAUACAAUAUUCUUCUAGCACAACCACAAAAUGCAUCUGCACCACUUCGCGCUGCAGCAAAGACCGUAUGGCUUUGGACCAGUCUUUUAGCUGGAGGACCUCCAUUUCCAAAUGGUGAUUUACCACAUAUUGGUAAUACCAAUAAUAUAUCCAACUCAGACAUUUUGAAAAAUUCAGUUGUCGAUGCUGUUCUGGUAAACCCAUCUAUUAAUCCCAUUUCUGAAAGCUCACUUUUGGGAAGCCAAAAGUUUGUCAAUAGUGGAAGAAAUGGUGAUAAUAAAAACAAAGGGAAACAAAACCGAAGAAAUCCAAAUCAACCAAAUGUAUCUAGAACUUCAAGUGCGCCUAUCGGGAUUCAAGAAGGUCAGAUCAAUGGAAACUCCCAUCAAUCUGGAUAUGUACAGACUACACAUUUUAAGGAAGCACCUCAUGAAUUCUUUGGUGCUAGUCAGCCUCAUCCCUCCUCAAAUGUGCCGCCUCCUGCUUAUAUUCCUGGGAAUCCUGAUCCAGCAUGGAUCAAUGGAAAUGGCAUUGCCAGCAAUUACCAGCAUCAGUUUCAACAGUUGAGACCAAACAGUAUCCCUGUGCAACCUUCCUUUACACCAGGUAACUUGUUCCCACCAAAUUCUCAUACCCUUGGGUCUCAUCAAAUGCCACCCAGGGCUGAUGGACCUGCCUUUACAUCAAAUCUUCCUACAAAUUUGCCUGAUAUUGGGAAGAUAAACAUUUCUGAAUACCCCAGCAGUAUUCACAAUCCUCCUAGUUUCCAACAACGAAAUGGAGAACCAAGACCUAAAUCCAUGGAGUCCCCAAGCCCAGUAAGCUUGAGUAUCCCACAAACUGGACAUGUUUUGCAUAAUACCCCACAAUUUUACCAUGACAGUUCAAUUAGUAGAUAUCCGCCUCGUGGACCAGAGUUUCAGCCCACUUCUGCAAUCGGUGCAAAUCCAGUUCCCAGUAAUGGAGUAUGGGGGACCCCAGGAUGCCCACAACCUUCUGAAUAUGUACAAAGCCUUAUAGGCGUUAUCUUGCUAGCCUUGAACACCUUAAAAAAUGAUAUGAUGGCACCAACUGAAGCAAACAUUACUGAUUGUAUUCGAUAUGGAGAUCCCAAGCAUAGAAAUACUGACAUUAGAAAGGCCCUAGAUUAUGCCAUUGAACAACAAAUGGUAGUAAAACAAGUUCUAGGUGCAUUGCAGUAUUAUGUCAGUAAAAAGGAGAAGCUUUGGAAGUGUGUGGACCCUUUAGGUGGUAAUCCUAAGCAGUACCCGAAGUCAACGUGGGAUGGAAUUCAGAAAUUUCUAUCUUCCCCUAUUGGACGCUCUGCAAUUAUGGCUUCUCAAUGCAGGUAUGAAGCAGCUACUAUAUUAAGGAACCAAUGCUUGAAAGAUCUUGUCUUGGGUGACAUACUCAAGAUUUUGAACAUGGUAAUAACUAACAAAAGGUGGAUUAUCACUCAUCAUUCAGGUUGGCAGCCAAUUACUAUUACCCUUCCAGAGACCAAUACAGAUGUAGGUACAAGAACUAGCCCUUGAUUUUGAUCAAGGCUCUUUAUGGUAGGAGAAGGGGCCGGAAGAUAUCAUGAAUACAAACAGUAAUACUUUGAUUUGAAGACAGGAAUGAUGGUCGUUUUUUGCAUGAUGGUUUAUAAAGUAGGUAGAAAGAAACUAUUUUAGAAAUGGAUUUAAGAGGGUGAACAAGCGAAUUCCGAAGGACAUACUUUAUAUUUUCUUUUAAUUUUGAUUGUUGGAGUACUUCACGAGUGUUAGUAGGAAUAUGGAAGGUAGUACUUGAAAGGAGCACAGACAACCAAAAAUCACUCUACUUUGCAGCUUAGGCUUCUUUUUGCACCAUAGAUAUGGUUUGUCAAAGAGGCUAUAUUUGGGAUAAUGAGGUAUUGCCCACUCUUAAUCUUCCUUUAGUUCUUUGGCCUAAAUUGUGACAUGCUUAGCUGGGUUGAAAUGUUUAAAACUCUUUUAGACAGCUGCUACAGAGAGUUCAUGUAUUUUUGGUUAUGCAUAAGAACUUCAGGAGGUGAAUUGUCUUACGAGGAAAAACUUCAUCACGUGAACUGUCAAGAGGGUAUGUAAUAUGGUGGUUUCUUAUGUACUUUUCUCAAAGGACUAAUGGAUUUUAGUUACACCAAAAUGGAUCAUGACAUAGGUGCACAAAUCCUGGAGAGGAUUAGUUGUGUUUCUGGGAUAACUUUCAAGGAUUUGGAAGCUUUCCUAUUUGCUGAACCAGAAAAAGACAUCUUAGAUUUAAAAUAAAGGGCAGACUAUAUAGGCCAAAACAGAAGCUUGGAAGGAAGGCUAUCAGUGCGUUGUGAUCAGUAUCAUGUUAUAAAGGUAUUGGAUGGGAGUUGGUUUCCUGAUUACAGAAUUCAGAACGUUAUUAUUGAUAUGCAUUCAGACUGCAGUAGGUUUUCAUCUUUUGGUCCAUCGUGUGACAUCAAGCAGUUGCAGUCAUCACAAGUCAUGUUGUGAAUGAAUACCAUCGUACCAUCGAAAUCCAUGAAGGUAUGCUGAUAAUAGGAUCGCAUCAAAGCAGUUGCUGUAAAUCGAGCCAGGAAGGUUCACUGACAAAUGCUGUGUCAAGAAUGCCUGAUAAUUUCCAUUUCAAAAUUUAUGUUUCGUUUACUGUUUAAACGACAAUGUUUUUGCUACAGAUGUCCUGGAUUGGAAAUCUUAUGCUUGUUCUGCUAUAUUUUCUUGUAGAUACAUGUAUAUCCCAGUUGAGAAUGAAACUUUUGAUGUAGUGUUGUGAUGUAGUGCAAACUAGAGGCAACAGAAUGGCGUCAUGGCGAGUCUGAUUCUUCUUAGGCUAUUAAUUUGUUUGUGUUCUGGGCAGGGAACAAUGUUGGAAUA